CUCUAUUUUGUGUUUUAAGUUUGGUCUUAAAUUCCACAAAUGAAUCAUUCGGCGGCUUGUUUGUGUGUCUCUGGGGGAAAGUGCGGUGUUAGUUGGACACAAAGCCUUAAACCGUUUUCCUGAAUUAGUCAAACCGAACUGGAGCGGCUGUGACUCGCAGUUUAGGAGGAGUUUGUGACUCCUGUUGCUCUCCUAGGACCUUUACCAAACCGCUUUUUUUUUCAUUACGUGAGAGUUGGGCUGAGCAGUAGCUAACAAUUACUGGGACCAGAGGACACUGUAGUCGUGCAAAGUCCGGUCUCCUGUCCAAGUAAACACUUUCUGGGAAAAGAGCCAAACUAACCGAGGGUUAUCCUGUAGCAAAAUUUUGCCAGAGGGUAAGAAAAUAAAGACAGGCGACGGUGUGAGCGCUCCUACUAUGGCGCUAAAAGCUGAGGAAAGUCACGUUUAUUUCUCCAAAAACCCAACUGUAAGCGGUACCGAGGGGCUGGCGGAUAAGGCGGGCAUUUACGGAUCCGGACGCACUGAUCCGCAAACCUGUGACAUGGAGAAACAGUGCUGUCAGACAGCUGCUGCCCCUCAGGAGGAGUUGCUGAGCGCAGACUGCCGUGUGGGCGACAGUCGCUCCUUUUCUGCCUGCGCCACAAUCUCAGAGACAGCCAGGGAGCUUUGCAAAGCCGUGUCCGUGUCGCUGGGUCUGGCCAUGGAAUCCGGUGACACCAGCGACGUGGAUCCCGCUCUCCAUCCGUGCGCCGCCGCUGACCAAAUGCGCGGAGAGUAUUUAUUCGGAGUGGAACCGGCGCCACUGAGCUGCCCCAGAGUCCAGCCUGAGUUCGCGUGUCCCGACCGAGACGAGCGGCCCCAGCACGGCCAGAGGCAGCAGGUGAAAAUGUUCAAAAGUUCCGAGACCGCUGCGCCUUUCCACCACAUCACCUCCACUCGGACAUCUGCGCAAAACUUCCCUCUGUGCGAGGCUGAUGACAUAACUUCAAAAGAGAUGCAUCAUCUGGACACAACGCGCGCUGCUGUAGCUGCCUCUUGCCCUUAUGCCCCGAACGCGCCGGACAACUUGCCACACUUCGGCCAUGCGGCUGCGGAGAGGCCGUGCCAAGCCUACAACCCGCCCGACGAAGCGGCAGACUUCGGAGAUGCCGCGGAGAACAAGUGCGGCGGUUACCAGCUUGAACCGUGCGGCGUCAAAGUCAAGUGCGAGGAACGGGAAUCUGCAGGGCCGUUGUGGGGCAACAACUACCCCGUCAACAACUCACAGUUCUGGGGUUCCAGGCAGUGCGUGAGUGCGCACGGCUCAGGCGCCAACACCGCGUUCGUAUGUAAUCCAUAUGAACGCAGCGUCGUGCGUCCUGAGCAGUGGUACCCAGGCGGGAUGCUGAGGCCGCCCUAUCCCAACCCCAACUACAUGAAAAGUGCAGUGGGUGAGUGGCUGGAUGUCGCCUACAAAGACACCAGGUUCGAGGCUGGCAGAGAGCACAUGUUCCCCAUGGAGUUCUUCUUCCCUCCGCAGAGGACGUGUCUGAUCUGUUCAGACGAGGCAUCCGGCUGCCAUUACGGAGCGCUCACCUGCGGCAGCUGCAAGGUUUUCUAACGAGCUGCAGAAGGCAAACAGAAAUACCUGUGUGCAAGCAAAAAUGACUGCACUAUUGAUAAGCUAAGGAGGAAGAAUUGCCCCUCAUGCCGGCUGAAGAAGUGCUUCGAAGCUGGGAUGACUCUCGGAGCACGCAAGCUAAAGAAGAUUGGACAACACAAGAACCAUGAAGAGGAUCAGGCUGUGCAAGAGCAAGCGGACGUCAUUCCAAACAUCUCUCCAAAAUCGGGUCUGAGUUUCAACUCCCAGCUGGUCUUCCUCAACAUCCUGGAGUCCAUUGAGCCUGAGGUGGUGAACGCAGGACACGACUGUGGGCAGCCAGACUCAGCCGCUACGCUGCUCACCAGCCUCAACGAGCUGGGAGAGAGACAGCUGGUCAAAGUGGUCAAAUGGGCCAAAGGAUUGCCAGGUUUUAGAAAUCUCCAUGUGGAUGACCAGAUGACCGUCAUCCAACAGUCAUGGAUGGGGGUGAUGGUGUUCGGCCUGGGAUGGAGGUCCUACAAGAAUGUCAACGGCAGGAUGCUUUACUUCGCCCCAGACCUCGUCUUCAAUGAACAUCGGAUGCAUAUUUCCAGCAUGUAUGAGCACUGCAUACGGAUGAGACAUCUUUCUCAGGAGUUUGUGCUGCUGCAGAUCACCCAGGAAGAGUUCCUCUGCAUGAAGGCCUUGCUCCUCUUCAGCAUCAUUCCAGUUGAGGGUCUGAAGAAUCAGAAGUACUUUGAUGAAUUGCGUCUCACCUACAUCAACGAACUUGAUCGCCUCAUUAACUGUCAGAUGACAACAAACUGUUCUCAGAGGUUCUACCAGCUGACACGACUCCUGGACUCCCUCCAGAUGACGGUAAAGAAGCUCCAUCAGUUUACGUUUGACCUGUUUGUCCAGGCUCAGUCGCUCCACACAAAGGUCAGCUUUCCAGAGAUGAUCGGAGAAAUCAUCUCUGUACAUGUACCAAAGAUCCUGGCAGGUUUGGCUAAACCAAUCUUGUUUCACAAGUAGAAGGAUUUUUUUUUUUUUCAAAUCAAAAAUGACUCAUCUUUGCUGCCUCCAUAAACUUUAACAAAGGCUUUGAACUGUUUCCCCACAUCUUCAAUCUGAUUGCUUUUAGCCCUGUCCUGUAAUAAUUAUUUUAUUGCUCAAGUUUUUUUCCCCCCCUUUUAGCCAUAAUUGAGAUUGUGUGUUCAGGACUGUUAAAGCUUUUAUCUGAAGAGCUGCAAGGCAUCACCUGUUGACAGCUCUGCAGUUUCUGAGUGGAGGUUUUUUGUUUUCAGAUGGAGCAAAAAUGCCACUUUACAUACACAGAAAGCCUGUAAAUCGUUAUUACAGCAAUUAAAAGUAGCAGGGUUAAAAACAGAACGUUUUGCAUAUGACCUUCAUUAUACAUAUACUUGACAUAAUAAUCAGAAAUCUGAGAGAUGGCCUUACCAGUAGAUGAGAAUUGGAUCGCAGAAAUAAACAAAUACUUGCUUUUCAUAAACUUACCAAAAACAGUUUUUUAGAAGUCUUUGCAACGCUUUGCAGUGCUUGGAGUUAAAUACUAGGCAUGAAGCUUACAUUAGACAUUAUUUUUGAUUGUUGAACAAAUGCGUAACGGCAUCUCAGUUAAAUUCUUCAUUGUUCACAUUUGGGUUGUCGCUGCAGAAUUAUGCUAUAUUUCUAUAUGUAAAAAUGAAAAAAAAUGACACAAUGCUUUAAUACUCCAAUUCUGUGUCUUUUGCUUAUGGUUGGGCUGUAAAAUUAUUGUUUGGGAGAGUCUACAGCCAGUUGUACAGCUGCAUUCUGUACUGCGCAGCGCGUCUGACCAUGCAAUACUUGGUUGGCAUCAAUAUCACGCUAGCUUAAAGGCAAUGUGUUGUCUGUGACAUUAUUAUAAUUAUGUUGUCUUGAGGCUACUUUCAUUCUAUGAUUAAAUCAGUCUAGCCAUUUAUUAAUUAAUAUAUUUAUGUGUUCAUUCAUUGAUUUAUGAGCCUGCAAGCUAUAUUUGAGGAUCUGUAUCAUUACAUAUGUACGCACACGGACUCAUGCACCUUUUCAAAAUAAGAUAACCAGUAUAUUUUUGCAUGGUCAGAUAUGCUAAAUAAUACAACUGCACGACUGGAUCUGUGGCGGGAGCAAAUACACAAAAUUGGAUAUCAGAAUACUGAGACAUUUUUGACUUCUCUCCAAAAACCAGAUUCUGAAGCAACAAUCCACACCAGAACAAUUAAAAACUAAACCGAGAGGCAAUUAACCAUGUGUGAAGUAAUUAGAAAAAAUACUGAUAAUUUCAACAACAUUUUCAUCAUCAUUUUAAUGGUGCAAAUGGAGCAAAGAACAGCAAAGCGUCACGCCGACAGUUUGUGGAACUGAGAGUGGUAAAAACAACUCGGGAGAUGUAUUUUCAUUUUACUUUCCAUCAGUGCCAAUCCUGAGGCGUUACUGUGACAAUCAGUGUAGAUUAGGUAGUCGGGUAUUAUGCUGACUUCAUAUGUUGCAUUACAUUUGCUGAAAACUAAAUCACGUAUUUUAGUGAAGUGAAUAAAGUGCAUUGCGCAGUAGUUGCAGUGCUGCAGAGGACUCAUCAAAUACAAAGUCUGCAGUGAUUAAGUUUGAUUUCUCGAUUUGAAUCAUAAACAAAACGGGGAAACUACAAAUCCAUACUGACAGAUCUGUGGUCACAUAAAAAUCUCUCCCGCUUCCUACUUUGGGUUGUUGCUAAAAUGAUUCUGCAAGCAGUUAAAAGCAGCUGUAGCAAUCAUACCACAAAAACCUCACAUUGUGCAUCUCAAGCAUAAAUAAGAUUUCACCAGAUCAUUACUAUUUACUCUUGUCUGCUUAGCUGAUGAACAGUUUAUUUUUUGUAGAGUAUAGCUUUGCAUAAAUUUUCAGCUAACAGUGAUUUUUUAAAUUUUUUUUUAAAACACUGUCUAGCCGCUGUAAGGUACUUUUACACAUGUUGCCUUAAACAUUACAAGUAGUCAUGCACAUCGAGCCCACUGCAUGCUUCUUGGCACUCUUUAUUUGAAACCUUUUCUCAUCAUAUUAACAGCAAAUGUGUAGAACUGAUGUUAUCAUUUUCUUACGCAUUAACUUAUAGAUACGUUGUGGGCCAAGAUGGUAAAACAGAAAAAAAAAAUAUCCACAACACAGCUUUACAAUCAAUUUUGCUUUUUUUUUUUAGGAAUUAGAAUAAAAUGUUAGGAGGAUUUUACAGUUCAAUCAUAAAAGUACCAGAAAUUCCUUGUGACUGCUUCAUGAAAAUUCAAAAUGACAAUGCAGCUGUUUUAAUGUGCCGACUUUUGCAUGCCGAACUAUCUGUGUAAAUAUAGUGCCUUUGAUUUUUGAAUUUACCGUGUCACAGCCUGAAUUUGGCAAAAAAAGUGUCCCUGACCUAAAAUAUUCUGAGGUAAAUCAGAGGAACAUGAAGAAUUACAAGCUUGACGUAUGAGAUUCAUUGAUAAACUAAGAUCAGAUCAUCAGCUGCGUGAAGAGUUCCUUCAAUCGCAGUGUUGACAGAAUCAUGCCGUGAGUGGUGGCUUGCGGCAGCAGGGGCUUGGAGACUUGUAGGGAUACAAGGAAGAGAGGGUGGCACCAAAUACAGGCAAAUACUAAAGAAGAACUUGAUUCCAAGUGCCAGAGAUGCUAGAUUACUGCAGUAAUGUUCCAAAGGGGCAACAAAUACGGAAUUAAAGCCAACUCAAAACUGGAAGGCCGUCAGAUGUAGAAUGUGAAAGUCCUUGACUGGCUCUGCCAACUGUCAGAGAGAAAAAACAAGAAAAAAAUCUGUGGAAUGCCUUGAAGACAACUGAUCUCAGACACUCAGGCUAGAAAGCAUUAAUGCAUGAAGUUGAAUGCAAUUUUUACUUUGGAAAUUUUAUUUAAAAACCAUCAUGAACCAAAUGGUGAAACAUAAGGCAUUUUUUUUACAGCUUGGUGUACAUGACUCAGAAUGUAAUUUUAACUGAAACAGCAUCUUUCAGUGAAUGAACAUAAACUGUAGCAGAUCAUGACUUCUGACAAUCCAGCUGCUCUGUGUUUAUCAGAGACUCGACUCCUGUGGCUUAUUCUGCAAUGUUCGAUCAUUUUCAAGAAUGUUUUAUAAGUCUGUAAAUUCAACACUUUUUAAUGAUUCCAUGUUAUUUUACGAGCUUGUAGAUGCAUGCACCAUGUGUUUGUAUAACUGUUUGUGUACCUUUUAGCUUUUUAAAGCGCCACAUGUGGACAUUCAUAUACCCCUCCAAUUACCUGUUUAUUGUAUACUGACUUGUAGUGGCAUUAUUGUUGAAUGCACAGGACUUUUAUCAUUCGGUGCCAGACCAUUUUGUUGUACAGUACAGUGAUGAGUUGACUAUGACGGUCAUUUUCACAUUUUUUUUCCCUAACAGAUUCAUUCAUAAGCUUUAGUGAAAUGUGUAGAGUACCUUGCUUCAUGUCUUCUACUUGUCUUUAAAUAUGUUCGCUACACAAAUAAAAGCGGGGACAACGAAAGUCAAGCGGCUAUCUAAA